UGGCUGGAGCAGCCUGGGGACGGGACAGGAGAAGGCACGGAGGGACAGGCACGGAGGACAGAGGUGCCCGCCCGUCAAGAUGCCCAUCCUGAAGAGUCUAGGGGUGGCGGACCCCAAGAUGCCCCGGGCGGGGACCCUGCCCCUCAGAUCCUCCCGCAACCCCUUCGAGGAGGUUCCAGGGCUGGAGGGAGAGACGGGGGACCUGGGCCCCCUGCCCAAUGGGACAUCGUGUCGCCGCCGUGCCACCCUGGAAAAGCUGGCGGGCCUGGCCCCCUUCCGCCUGGGCUGGUCCCCCGGCCGCCGGGCCGGCAGCCCCGGGGAGGGGCAGCCCCGGUCUUUCUUGGGCCGAAUGCUGGCCCCGGGGAUUCGAAGGAGCUCGGCAGAUUUCGGCCUCCUAGCUCGGCUUCAGGGGAGCCGGGGCCACGGCGACGAGGAGGCCACGGGGGAGGCUGCUCGAAGACUGGCCUUCCUGCGCCUCGGCCGGGGGCCCAAGCCCAGGAGAGCCUCCCUGGCCGAGAGGGUGGUCCCCGCCGGAGAGGCCGCCCCUGAACCCCCGCCCAAGAUCCGGGAGCCCCCAAAGAUGAAGGAGCCCUUGUCAGUGUUGGAGAUCCUGAGCCUGAUCCAGCGGCGCGAGCUGGCGCGGGCGGACGAGCACAUCUUGGAGCUGGAGGCGGAGGAGCUGGCGUCGUCGGGGGGCGGCGCCCCGGGGAGGUCCUAG